AUGCCGACCGCCAAGAGGCAGAAGAAGAGCAGCGAGGCUCAAGCGGCGCCGCCGACCCGAUCCCAAACAAAGGCCACCAGUGACCGUCCGACGGUUGCCGACAUCGAGGGAGAGAGCGCAUUUUCUCAACUGGCAAAGAAGCACUGGCUGAAGACGACAAGGAGCAAGAGGGCGGCUAAGGUCAAGGUCAAGAACGAUGUUUUAAAACAAGAGAUUUGGGAUGUUUUGGAACGUGAUGGCUUCCCGUAUAAGUCCAUCUUAACGCUGGAGAGCUUGCAGACUCUCGAGAGUUAUCUUUGGCCCGGAUACUCCGACGAUUCCUCCAACCAUCAUGUCUUACUGUUGGUCCUGUUGGCAAACGUGAAGCGCCGUGAACAACUCGAGGCAUGGAGCAUAUUCGAGGAUCGACCAGACGAAUUUUCGAGCCUUUUCCGUCGAGUCCUGUCUCUGAUUCUCGACCAAACACUGUCACCAGCGAUCCGGACACACCUGUUGUCAUUCUUGAUCUCAGCCUUUCAGAGCUUAGAUUGCGCGAUUGUGCGGAAAGAGUGCGCACCAUUGGUCUCCAUUUCGAUAUGGCACAGCUUGUCGACCGAAGAACUGCGUGAAGAGAAGCUCGAGCAGCACGCGCAUGUGAGAAAGGCGUGGCGAGCUGCAGGAAAGAGAUACGACGCUGCCGACGACGCCACGAAGGCAAAGUUGCGGUUUGAUCGAUCAUGGCUGUACAGCUUGGUCUUGCACUUCCUCAGCUUGAUUUAUACAGAGAACGCAAAGCCAGACCAAGUCCUUUACUGCGAGCGUUUUGUCGAGUUCCUGACAGACUUGCAAAGCCAGCUCCCUACUCGACGAUACGUCAAUACCCUCCUACUCGACCUCCAUGUCUUCCCUGCCAUGCGCCUGUCCCCUGUAUUCAAUGACGAGGAAAACAAUCUUCUGCGGGAUCUGAAUGCGCUGCUCAGACAUUACACCUUUUUCACGAUUGAUGACCAAACAGGCGCACAGCUGAGCCGGACAGAAGCAUACGACAAACACUGCGCAAACUUGUCGAGGCUUCAGAAAACUUCAUUGAAGCAUUUCAAGGAAAAACUCACUGUGCUGGCGUUGUCAAACUAUGGCUCCAUCGACAAGAGAGAUGAACUCGCUGGCCUUCUGGAGCCCCUGACCGACGACGAGAUUGUGGAAUUGGCAAGAUUGCUUCGCCUUCGGACAACGUAUCCCGACUCGCUGGCGGUGAGUGUCGACAGGAAAUUUCUCCUGGAAGUGCUUCUCACCACAUUUGAACGGCGCAAAACCUUCCAAGAAAUCGCUCGCAACAUGGCGUUGGUCCCUACGGAGCAAUCUUUGUUCGAGAACAACGUAAUGAGAACCGAGAAUUAUGACGGUUCCCACCCUCUGGCUUUGCCAAAACUGAACUUGCAGUACCUGUCAGUUGGCGACUUCCUCUGGAGAUCACUCGUCUUAUACCGGGCCGAGUCAUUCUAUGGAAUUAGGAAAGAUGUCGAGUCCGCCAUUCGUCGUCUUCGACCUGAAAGCCGGAGACCGGGCGAAACCAGCUUCCAAGGAUUCUCCAAGAUGGCCUUGCCGACUUCGAAACCUUCAAUCCUAGAAGUUGUGCCUGCCCUUGUAGGAGACGACAAACCGUCCUUGGUUCGGGCAGAAAUCUCUAUUGACGUCCGCCGCCUGAACGAUGGCAUCAAGCGCGAAUGGGAUUCGCUGAGACCAGACGAUGUCGUCUUUCUCUUGGCCAUUCAGACUCCUGCCUCCCAAAGUGCCACGAAUGGAGAUGGUGCACAUUCUGAAACUGAAAAGCUUGGCGUCAUCUCAAUUCGAUCCGCCGAGAUCAUUCAAAUCACUGAUGACAAGGGCAAAGUGGUUCGAGAUGGUUCAGGGCACUACGACAGUCGUCGGAGAUUCCAGUUGAGACUGGAUCCCAGGACAUAUGCGGCGGACGCCGAACGCUCAUCUGCAAGUCCACCUGAGGCCUACGAACGGAUCAAUGUUAUCAUGCGGCGCAGCGGAAGGGAGAACAAUUUCAAGCCCGUGUUGGAAUCCAUUCGCAGCUUAACGCUCUCAGAGGUCCCGAUUGCUUCGUGGUUCCAUGAGGUUUUCCUCGGCUACGGCGACCCUGCUGGUGCAACCUACAAGCAGUUACCGAACCGUAUCAAGACAAUCGACUACCGCGACACUUUCUUGGAUUGGCAACAUCUUACUGGGAGCUUGCCAGGCAAGAUUGUAGAGCCGAGUGACGAUGUUUCUGGCAGCUUUGGCCCUCCUUAUGUGUUGGAAACCGCCGAGCGCCAAGCCGUUGAUUCCUCAUCAAAGCCAUCCAAGAAGCGUCGUCGGGACAUCGAGCCUUCUUUACUGGCCGAGGUAGAGACCGUGAAGGUAUCGACCUACAAGCCACCAAAUUCUGGCCCAUAUCUUAUCGAUGCGCCGAAGCUGAACAAGGUGCGAUUCACUCCGGCACAGAUAGAAGCGAUUACAUCAGGAACGCAACCUGGUCUCACAGUCAUCGUGGGUCCUCCUGGAACGGGGAAGACAGAUGUAGCAACGCAAGUUAUCAACAACAUCUAUCACAACUUUCCGGAGCAGAAGACGCUCUUGAUUGCACACAGCAACCAGGCGCUCAACCAGUUGUUCGCAAAAAUUGUGGCCUUGGACAUUGAUGCCCGUCAUCUACUUCGUCUGGGACAUGGUGAAGAAGAACUCUACACAGAAGGCAGUUUCAGCAAGCAUGGCCGUGUCGAAUCGUUCCUGGAAAACCGAGACCGAUAUCUGCUGGAGGUCAACCGUCUGGCCGCUAGCAUUAACGCGCCUGGUGCCCAUGGCAAUUCUGCAGAAACCGCCGGCUACUUCAACUCAGUGUAUAUCGCCCCAGCCUGGACCAAGUUCACAGAAAUCACAAAGGCUGAGGAGGUCUCGGCUGCUGAUAUUGUCGGCGCUUUCCCCUUUCAUCAGUUCUUCUCUGAUGCACCGCAGCCUCUCUUCCCACCCGAGGCCGACAGGGAUAGCGUCCUUGAUAUUGCCACCGGGUGCUACCGCCACAUUGCAAAGAUCUUUUCUGAACUGGCCGACGCCAUGCCAUUUGAAAUUCUACGCCGAGACAAAGACAAGGCCAACUAUCUGCUGACCAACGAAGCACGUAUCAUUGCCAUGACAUCUACCCAUGCAGCAAUGAGGCGUGGAGAGAUCGCUGCACUUGGAUUCCACUAUGACAAUGUCGUCAUGGAGGAGGCCGCUCAAAUCACUGAGAUUGAAAACUUCAUCCCCUUGGCCAUGCAAAAACCAAAGAAGGGGCAGAUGGGUCUGCAGAGAGUUGUUCUUUGUGGUGACCACUUCCAGAACUCUCCAGUUAUCCAGAGUAUGGCAUUCCGGCACUACGCGAAUCUCGAACAGUCGCUGUUCUCGCGACUUGUACGCCUUGGUGUGCCCACUAUCAACCUGGACCAGCAAGGCAGAGCACGACCGUCCAUCGCCAGUCUCUACCAGUGGCGAUACCCCAAGCUGGGCAACCUGCCGCAUGUGACCAGCGAAGGCGAGUAUUCUGUGGCGAACGCUGGCUUCAAGUACGAUUACCAGUUCAUCAAUGUGCCUGACUAUAAAGGACGUGGAGAAACGGAGCCAACCCCCCACUUCAUUCAAAACCUCGGAGAGGCGGAGUAUGCGGUGGCUGUGUACCAAUACAUGCGUCUUCUAGGCUACCCAGCAUCGAAGAUUAGCAUCCUGACCACCUACGCCGGCCAGCGAGCCCUGGUGAAAGACGUCUUGGCCCACCGAUGCGCCGCCAAGGCGAUCUUUGGUAUGCCCAAGAUUGUUACAACCGUGGACAAGUACCAGGGCGAGCAAAACGACUAUAUUAUUCUGUCGUUGACCCGUACAUCAAGGGUUGGAUACCUUCGUGAUAUCCGUCGUUUGACGGUUGCGCUUUCUCGCGCGCGUCUCGGCUUGUACAUCCUUGGUCGUCGUGAGAUUUUCGAGGCUUGCUAUGAGCUGCGGCAAGCAUUCGACCAGCUCUUGGCUCGACCUGAUAAGCUCAUGCUUGUCACGGGUGAGCUCUACCCAGCAGAGAGGCCUGCUACUGAAGAUAUCAAGGCUGAGGUCCCCGGGGAGGUUUGCAUGGAAGGAGUGGAGCAUCUUGGGCAGUACGUGUACCAAAUGACCAACACGAAAGUUAAGCAGCUGCAAGCAGAGGGCACGAUAGCCGGAGGUGGUGAGAUGGAGAUCCUGGAGACUCCGCUGGAAGUCGUGGAAGAGGCGGAAGAAGAGGGAGACGAUGCCGAGGAGAAGGCCCCUGAGGAAGCAGAGGAGUAA